AUGUUUCUAGCAUUUUACAUCACUAAUCUUAAUCAUGCACUGGCUUUUCAGUUUCUGCUGAGCCAUGAUUCGCCAUCUUUCAAAUCCUUGUGGACUAAGCUUCAAACCGUGGCUCAAGAGAACUCGAGCGAGCAGUUCUGGCUCAAAGCUAAUUUGGGAAAGAACCUGCAAGUUUACAGAAUGAAGUCCGAGUCCAGCGAUCUUCUUUACUGGUGCUUGGUCACACGUCAACCAAAUCCUCUGGAACCCAUGGUAUUUUUGGAGACAUUAGAGUCUACGCUUUUGAAUUACUUCGAUAAAGAAAAGCUUACCAUCAGCAAGCUGGUGAACAACCAGGACCGUAUUGCGCUGUUACUAAAUUGCAUGGUCGACGCCAAUGAACCGGCUACUUCGGACUUGAACAAACUGAAAGAAAUUGUUCCCAAUCGCGAAGAUCUCUCCAAGGUCCUCAGCUCCACCGCAUCCACGCUUAGCAAUCGAAUGCAAACCCGUGAUUCAUUGCAGAAUAAAAACUCGGGUAUGCCUUCGUCCUACGCUGUCACGUUGAAUUCUACAGGGCAUCAAGCCGUUCCCUGGAGAACCGCGGGCAUCAAACACUCUAAUAACGAGCUUUACGUUGACAUGGUCGAAAAAAUUCAUGUUGUGCUGCGCAAGGGCUCCAAAAGAAACCGCUUUAAUGUCAUUAGAGGAAUUCUGGAAGGCUUUGUGGAUAUGCGCUCCCAGCUGACAGGAGAUCCACUGAUAGCGCUAAACUUGGACUUGGCUGGACAUGAUCUAGGAAUUCCGGCACUUCACGAAUGCUGCCAAGCUCACCGUCAAGACCAGAUAAUACACGAAUUGCAAUUCGUGCCGCCGGAUGGCAAAUUUCAAUUGAUGCAGUACUGCAUAGAUCUCGAGACGUUAGCCACCCGCAACCAACUGCUCUCCAAUAUAGGGCUGGUCUCGGUCGAUUUCGACACUGGACUUGGAUCCGUCGGUGACGAGUUCGAAAUUCGUGUAAACGUCGCGAGCUCGCAGCACUCGAAGCACAUUGACGAUCUUAACAUUGCGGUCAGCUUCGGUCCGCCCUCAGCGCUGACCCCAUCGGAUUGCAGACUCAAGGUGCUCCGGAACACACAUGGCCAUUUUGAAAAUUCGAUCGAUAAUCUCUCCGGAAAUUGGAUAUUCGAUAAGGAAACACCGACAGGUACGCUUCCGAUUUUGCGUGGCUGUCUAGAGCACGCAUCGCCUGCUCAAAUGAAAUUCCUGACACUCGACGUCAAUUUCUCGAGCAAGGGCGAAUUACCUAGCGGGAUCAAAGUUCGAUCGGUGAACAUUCUCUCAGGCAUGCCACGGAAUAUUACGCCAUUCAAAGGCGUCAAAUAUCAGGCUAAGACAGGUGAUUAUCAGCUGCGGUAG